AUGAUGGACGCAGGCAGCACGGGAAGUCGCAUCCAUGUGUACAAAUUCAACUACUGCCACACUUCGCCGGAGUUGGAGUUUGAGCAUUUCGACCAUGUGGAACCCGGCCUGUCUUCGUACGGUGCUGAUGCAGACCGUGCCGCUGGCUCGCUUCGUCCUGCCAUUAUUACUUCUGUGCGCCGUCUCAUUGAGCAAGAAUACCCUUUCCCCAUUGCGGAUGGUAAAGACGAGCACGGCAACCCGCUUUAUAAUGGCGUCGAAAUUAUGGAUGGUCGUGACGAAGGUGUUUUUGCGUGGAUCACUGUGAACUACCUGCUAAAUCUGAUCGGCUCCGGUCGCAAACUCCCGACUGCGGCGGUGAUGGAUCUGGGUGGUGGGUCUACCCAAAUUGUUUUUGAGCCUUCUCUGCCUAAGAAGACGCAAAUGCAUCCGGGAGAGCAUGUGUAUGAGCUGCGUAACUUUAACAAUGCAUCUUACACUCUUUACCAAAAAUCCUAUUUGGGGUAUGGACUAAAACAAGCACGUCAGUCUACCAACUCGUUGGCGACAUUUAUGCAUCUUAUGAAGCACGCCGAUACAGCCCAUCCGGGUCGCAUGCCCUCCAACUGGGAGGCGUUUAGUGCGGAAAACACCCACAUACCCAGCCCGUGUUACGCCGAGGGCAUGCAGAAGGCAGCAAAAGUAUCCACGGGCAUGUCUCAGGCACGCGAGGUCACCAUGCGGGGUACUAGCAGCGGUUUCCGUGCGUGUCAGCGGCUUGUGGAGCUCAUGAUGGACAAGGAUGCGGAGUGCCAACAGGCUCCGUGUUCGUUCGCGGGGGUGUACCAGCCUCCUAUAUCACAGGUGUUUAAGCAUGCCGACAUUAUUGCUUUAUCUUACUUCUACGACCGACUUACACCCUUAGGUCUCGGUCCUACCUUUACUGUCAAGGAGCUUGAACAGUUGGCGGAGCGCGUGUGUGCCCCACCAAGUACUUGGGUGCAGUCCACAUCGUCUUCCUUCUCGCCAGAAGCGCUCUCUGAGUUGCAGCAGCGGGCGGAUUACUGUCUCGAUCUUACAUAUAUCCAUUCUCUACUGCGGCUCGGAUACGAGCUCGACGACUCGCGGCGCAUCACGCUUGCCAAGAAAAUUGGCGGUUUUGAACUAGGAUGGGCUCUGGGAGCCCAGCUGGCGGUACUCUCUGGUGGAAUUAUUUGUAAGUAG